AAGGAAUACACCCCAAGAACAAUUAUUCUUAUUCGGAGGUAUCUCAUCGAAAGCACCAUGCGGCGCAUGUUUGAGAUUGUUGGCAUUCUAACGCUGCUUGGAGCAGUUAUUCUGGCCGAAGAGAGCGCUCCGGCGACCGUUCCCGAGGAACAAACUGAGGCCGAGAGCGCCCCAGCGGCGGGUCCCGAAGAGCCAGUCGAGCAGAGCCCUUCAGCGGUAGUUCCGGAACAACAAAGUAGUCCGGCUAAAAUACAUCUAGUCCCGGAAGAGUUCCUAAACAGAGGCAAGGAUUACAGUUUGCAAUGCGCCAGUGCUGCAGAUAAGGUGGAAUUCUUCUCAGCCUUCCGAAUGUGUCUCGAUUUGGGUUUAGAGUUUGCAUCGGUUGAAUCCAGAAGUGACAGCGCUGCGCUCGAUAUAGCACUUGCCGGGUAUGGUGAUGAUGUUUGGCUGAGUGGCUCCGACUUGGGAAAGCCAGGUUCUUGGAUAUGGUUAGCUAAUAAUCACAAAGUGGGACGUUGGAACAACUAUGCUAAUUGGAAACAUGGUGAACCUGAUGGGAGGAACCACUGCAUGAGCGCCUCCUUGCAAGGUGAAAAAUCGAAGUGGUCUGCCAGUAAAUGUGAUAAGAAACUUUGUUAUGUUUGUCAGAAAUAUCUGACGUAGGAGGUUGUAGGUAAUAUUAAAUGUUUGUGAAUCUUAUGUGCCAAGCAUUAUCUAUGUUUCUGUAAAUGUAGUCUAUUCAACGAACUUUUCACAAAUAAAUUUUAGCUGUUUGGAACACAAAGAAUCGUUCCACUCCAA